UAUAUAGAGGAGUGUUGUGGCUCCAAUAAAGUCUCUCACAUUCCCUCUCUCCUCCCUCUUUCUUUCUUAGCUUCUUGCGUAGAAUGAUGCAGAAGCCUCACUGCUCUACCUGUUAUUUAUUAUAGUUGUCUCUAUACUUAGGCUUUUUAGCCUACUCAGACCACAUACCACAAUGAACGGGCCAGUGAACGGAUUGUACGACGCUGAGCACUAUGGGUCAUUCAUGUUUACCUCUGAGUCUGUGGGAGAAGGACAUCCAGAUAAGAUAUGUGACCAGAUCAGUGAUGCUGUACUCGAUGCUCACCUGAAGCAGGACCCAGAUGCCAAGGUGGCCUGUGAGACUGUGUGUAAGACGGGCAUGGUGCUGCUCUGUGGGGAGAUCACAUCUCGGGCCAACGUGGACUACCAGACAAUUGUGAGGGAUACCAUCAGGGAUAUCGGCUAUGACAACUCAGAUAAAGGUUUUGACUAUAAGACCUGUAACGUGCUGGUGGCUCUGGAGCAGCAGUCCCCUGACAUUGCCCAGGGAGUUCACAUCGACCGGAUGGAAAGUGACAUCGGAGCAGGAGACCAGGGUCUGAUGUUUGGCUAUGCAACUGAUGAGACAGAGGAGUGCAUGCCUCUCACCAUCGUCCUCGCCCACAAACUCAAUGCCAAGAUGGCUGAACUGAGGCGAAAUGGCAAUGUCCCCUGGCUCCGCCCUGACUCCAAGACCCAGGUGACCGUUCACUACACCCAGGAGAACGGGGCAGUGAUCCCUCGUAGAGUUCACACUGUGGUCAUCUCAGUGCAGCACGACGACUACGUGAGCCUGGAGGAGCAGAAGGAGAUCCUGAAGGAGAAGGUCAUCAAGGCCGUGGUGCCCUCCAAGUACCUGGACGACAACACCGUCUAUCACCUGCAGCCCAGCGGACGCUUCGUUAUCGGUGGGCCCCAGGGUGAUGCUGGGGUGACCGGUAGGAAGAUCAUUGUGGACACGUAUGGUGGCUGGGGUGCCCACGGAGGCGGGGCCUUCUCCGGUAAGGACUACACCAAGGUGGACCGGUCUGCCGCCUACGCCGCACGCUGGGUUGCCAAGUCCCUGGUCAAGUCCAAUCUGUGCAAGAGGGUGCUGGUGCAGGUGUCCUAUGCCAUCGGAGUGGCCGCCCCAUUGUCCAUCUCCUUGUUCACCUAUGGUUCCUCCCAGAAGACUGAGAAGGAGCUGCUGCAUAUCGUCAACAAGAACUUUGACCUCCGGCCUGGGGUCAUUGUCAGAGACCUGGACCUGAAAAGGCCCAUCUACCAGAAGACGGCCUGCUACGGCCAUUUUGGCAGGAAGGAGUUUCCCUGGGAGGUGGCCAAGAACCUCAAUUUCUAGUGUGUGGCGCGUUGAGCAUGGGGCAGCGGUGACAUGGGCAGCUGUCUGUCUUGCUGUUGCCCAGUACGUGACAGCCAAGCCGGCAGCUGUUAGGGGUACGGGGAGGGUGGGCAAGGGUGGAGUAGGGGGGAGUGUACUCUCUCGCUCUCUCUUUGGGUGAAAACUAAAACCCCAAACAUCCCGGUCAUAAGACAGGGGUGCGGAAGGGGCAGUGGCUAUGAUUCAUAACCCCAAUGAUGAUUGGCUAUGAUUCAUAACCCCCCCCGCUUCACCUCAAUGGUCAUCAGAUAUGUGAGAUGGCUGUUUGGUAUUUUUAACAUACUGUACACAUCUAUACAUGCGGCUUGUCUCACGCACACAACUUCCUUUUUGGUGCAGUUUUCGUUUUUGUUAAGUUUUUCUUUGGUUUCAGUAAUGCCUAAAGCAGUAAACUGGAUUAAAUACAUUGUGGGUUGACUCCACUUUAGGCUUUUUGUAUGCGCUAAAGCCGCCUUUUGUUAUAAAGUGAAUGACCAAAUCUAAAGGUAGAAUAGCCAUACUUUACGUAGCAGUGACAGGACCGAGUUUGAGAAACCAUGAUCUACCUAACCAUCUCUCUCGCUCUUAUUACUUUUACUGCUCUAAAACCAUGUAAACUCAGAUCCUUCAGAUACAGUUUGUCAAUACUGGAAAAUGUAAAUAGGCUUUUAAACAAUAAAACAUUUUAACAAA